AUGUUGUUCUCUAGAGGGGAUUCCCAUUCUGUGCAGGUUUUAAUGGAUGCUUUGGACCAUUUUUCAAGGGUGUCUGGCCUAACCCUUAAUCCUACUAAGUCCAACAUCUUCCUUGCUGGUAAAUACAGGGAUGUUAGCCAAAAUAUUCUGGAUCUUGCCUCCUUUCCUCGCGGUCAGCUUCCUGUUAGAUAUCAGGGUCUCCCUUUGGCCUCUCAAAGGAUCUCUGAGAGUGAUUUUGCCCCUCUGUUCAAAACUGUUGAUGGUUUUCUGUCUAAAUGGAGCACUUUGAAGUUAUCCUAUGCUCGCAGAUUGGAACUGAUUAGAGCAGUGGUACAGGGAGUCCAAUCCUUUUGGCUCCAGGCCUUUCCUGUCCAGAAAUAUGUGCUUGACCGUAUCACCUCCAUGUGUAGAGACUUCCUUUGGGGCAGCAAACUUGCCAAGGGUGAGAACCUGUGGCAGUGGCAGCCCAAGAAGAGACACUCUAUCUUCUUCAAAAGGCUUGCUUAUGUGCGUGACCUUUUGGUUCAAAAGCUUGGUGACCUUCAUCCUUCUAUGGAAGAGGCUAUGAAACCCUUUUGCUUGGCGGGUAACCUUAUUCCAAGAAAGGUUUAUGAUUUGUUUAGGGCUAAAGCCAACCCGAAGCCUUGGAUGGCUUUCAUUUGGCAAAGCUAUAUUCCUCCUAAGUGCUCCUUUACGUUGUGGCUGGCACUUAGGAGGAGGCUGCCCACCAAAACUAACUUGGAAUUCCUCGGUUUGCCUAUGGACUGCACCUUCUGUGGACAUGGGUUGGAAGAUGUGGACCACCUGUUCUUUAGCUGCCAGUUCUCUAAAGAAGUUUGGGACAAUAUCAAGACUUGGCUAG